GCGCGUACACUUUACGGUGUUUGCAGUCGAGUGUUCUUUUGCUAAAUAGCUUGCAAAUCGAAGUGGACCUCGUGGCGUGGUUGCCGUCGAUGCAUCGGUGGACAAUGUGUUCGUGAAUCGAGUCGGUUGCUGUGCACAGGAAUUGAUCCGCAUUUCGCCUCGGGGUGGCUCUAUUGCCCGGCAGGGCGGCCGAAAGUUUUGCCGGGGUGAAACUGGUGGUCACAGAAGGAGAAAAAGUUGUACACUCGGUAGUUUGCGUUUGCCCCUGUUUAGCUAGUGCUGUAAUCGGUCUGUGCGCCUAAAUCCGAACCCGGGCGACGUCGUGUGGUGUUGCUUCAUCUAGUUGGCGUGCUUUUUUUUAUUCAUCCCUUUCAAGAUGAUGUUCACUGGUACCAACCAGCAGCAGGACUCCCGGUUCUCGGACAAGGAGAAGAAGCUGCUGAAGCAGAUGAAGUUCAGUGACAAUCUCAAUAAACGCGUUGACAUGUCGAAGGUGAAACUGGACGUGCUGCGUCCGUGGAUCAGCCAGAAGAUAACCGACAUGCUUAACAUCGAGGACGAUGUUAUCGUCGAGUUUGUGUACAAUCAGCUGGAGGAGGAAAAGUUCCCUUGCCCGAAAAAGAUGCAAAUCAAUCUGACGGGCUUUCUGAAUGGCAAAAACGCCCGCCUGUUCAUGGAGGACCUCUGGUCGCUGCUGCUCUCGGCACAGGACUCCGACACGGGCAUACCGGCAGAGUUUAUACAGCAGAAAAAGGAUGAGAUUAUGAAGCGGGAGGAAGAUGCGCGACUGCUGGAGGAUGGCGCGCGCGGACAGCGCUCCAGGAGUCGCACGCGCGACAAGGACGACGGUGGAGGCAACAAGGCGAAGCAGAAGAACUCCGUGCGGCAAAUGUACAAACCCGAACCGGAGGAUUACCUGGACGAGGAGGAAAAAAUGAUCGAAGAGUUCGUGGAGGCGGACGUGCCGAAGGAAUCGAAAAAGGUACCACCGGCUGCAGCUGCAGCGGCUGUCGCUGCCACGGAGCAGCCCCCGGAGGUGGCUAAAGGCGAUAGCAAGCACUCUGCUCCAGCGGACAAAAGCUCCAAAGAGCACCAGGGAACGGCGGGGAGUCGUAGGAAAUCGUCCGAUCGGGGUAAAUCGGGCGAACGCAACAACGAUAAGGGAAGGAGAAAGUCUCGAGAUCGGUCAAGAUCGCGUACGGACCGUCGGGCGACAUCCCGUGACCGGCGAGGAUCAUCGCGAGAACGUAGAUCUUCCCGUGAUCGGCGCCGAUCUAGAUCGGGUCGUCGGUCGGUGGAUCGGUCUCGCAAACGUUCUAGCCGUUCGCCGCGAGAUAAACGGGGCAACGAUCGUGAUCGACGUAGGUCGCGCAGCGGUUCUGUUUCUAGAAAAGAAAAUAAGAAUAGCAACGGAAACUCGGCCGCUCUGUCGAAGCUACAGUCGAAGCUGAUGAACAUGGCCGAAGGGAAGAAGAACUCGACGAGCAAAAAGAGUCCCAGUCGAUCAACAGCCGGUUCCCGUUCCCGGAGCCGUUCCGGUUCGGCCAAACCAAGCAAUCGCAAGAAAAGUGCUAGUCGAUCUCCUCGAUCACGGUCCAAGUCAAGGUCUAGAAAGCAAAAGAAAGCUCGCCCCAGUUCACGGUCGCAAAGUACCAACUCGAACUCGUCAGGUUCCUCGUCGUCCAGCGGCAGCGAUGCGGCGGAGGGCAAGAAUGCAACGAAACCAAGCGCCAGCAAGAAACGGAAUGGGCGCAGCAGCCGCAGUCGGAGCCGGCGUGAUACGUCCCGCAGCCGUUCCGGAAGCAGCCGAUCGUCGUCGUCACGCGGGCGAAAGAAGGAUGACUUUGAGAUCCACAAGAAAGAGAACAGUGUGCAGAAGAAGCGCCACUAUCGUUCGAACAAAGACUCGUCGGAUUCGGAGGCGGAAGGCAAUCAAGGCUCGAGGGGGGGUGCUGGUUCGUCGUCUCGGGGUGGUGGCAGGGGUGCGAGAAGAUCGCCCGCUGGACGUGAUAGAGACCGCGAUCGAGAGCGUGAUCGACGCUCGGUUUCCCGUGGUCGAGGGCGCGACGAUGGGCCACGGGGACGAGGCGGCGGUCGUUCACGGUCACGGUCGAAGAAUAGGUCCCGCUCGAGGAACCGUUCGAGAUCGCCUCGAAGACGCUCCCGGUCGCCAGGACGCCAGACCAUGCGUGGGAAUGCUCGCGAUAGUAAUUAUGGUGGCCGUCGCCGAUCACCUCCGGGCUCGCGUUCCGGAGGCCCCGGACGCGGUUCGGAUAAGGACCGAGAUCGUGACCAGCAGCAACAGCAGCGCGAGCGAGACCGCGAUCGUGAUCGUACGGCUCAACGAUAUGGUGGAAGCCCUCCGUCACGGGGUCGUCGAGGAGGAUCGCGCGAUCGUGACCGUGAGCGGGAACGUGACCGUGGUGGUGCUGGUGGUGCUUCGAAUAAUUCUUCUAAAUGGCGCCGUUCGGAUGAGUCGCAGCAGCAACGGCAGCAAAUGGGACCACCGGCAUCCAAUCGGUACGACGAACGCGAACGGAACCAUCGCGAUGGUACCGGAAAUCGUGCUUCAGGCGGCGGACGUCGCGGAAGCCAGGAUCGGGACAAUAGUGCCGAACGCCAGGAUCGUACAAAGGCGUCCGGAGCGGCGGGUCGAGCCGUGCGCAAGACUUCGGAGAGUCCGGCCGGGUCGACUGGCAAUCGACGGUCGGUUACGAGGGGCUCGAAUGCACGUGAAUCUAGCGAGAUGGCGUUUGAUGACGGCGGCGGUGGUGGCGGUACUGGCAAUGGUCGUGGAACGUCUGACCGACGCGAGCAGAAUUCAACGGAUCGUCCCACACGUGGUUCAGUCGAUAAAAGCUCCACCAGAGACAACAGUGUUGAUGGGCGGGAGGAAAAGACACGCGCUGCCGGAGCCCGUAAACAGCAACCACAUGAAGUCGUCGUGCAAAGUGACGCGCGGAAAUCGAAAGAACGUACAUCUGGUUCUGUAAGCAAACCUCGAGAGGAAUCGAAAACGGUGGCCCCACCGGCGGUGUCAGACGGUGGAAAGAAACAGGCGAAAUCAUCUUCAUCAUCAUCCCAGGUCAAUGCCGCCACUGUUGCAAGAAGGACUGCAAGGGACUACACAAGUAGCCUUUCGAGGACACCGUCGCCGUUCCUGAAACCUCACGAGCGUGAAGCCGCAGCCGCUGCAACACAAUCCGUUGGCGGUAGGGAGGACAAACCGCACGCGAUCGGAGCUGUGUCGGAAAAGAAGUCACAGAAAACGGUCGUCAAAGGUAAACCACAGCAGCAGAAGCGUGCCAGUUCGCCGGACAGUGAAGACGACGACAGUACCGGCAGCGAUAGUGAUGACUCCCGGGAAGUUGAGGCUGUGAAGAAGCCGACCCGGCGGGGGGAGGACGACGAUCGGAAGCAGCGUGAAGAGGAAGCCCGCAAGAAGCAAAAGCUGAAGCGAAAGCCGGAGGCGAAGAAACGUGGAGGCAAGCACCACCGCCGCUCGUCGUCAUCCUCCUCGUCCAGCAGUGACGACGACGACGAUGAUGAUGAGGAUGAUCAUCAUCCGGACGACGCCGGCAACGGUGGAAGCGAUGUUGAGGAGAAGCGUAAGUCGGCAAAGGAUAAGGACCGGCGGGUACCAAAGAAAGCAGCUCCCUCGAAGACGGCGGAGAUGUUAUCGUCGGCACCAGCGGAAGAUCAACGGCGAACAAAACCAGCAUCCGGCAAUACGGCACCACCACCACCACCACCGACGGCGCCGACGAAGGGCGACAGAGCAGAAGAGCGCAAAGAUCAGCACCGUGACAAAAGUUCCCCACUGGAUAGCGCCACCACGACGGCAAAGAAACGAAGGCUCACGAGCACCGAGCAAAAGUCUACGGAAGCGAACCGAGGUACCGCCCCGACGGCGGAAGAACCAUCGAAAGCGAAGGCCCAUCCCGGUACCAACAACAGUGCCUCAUCCGCCAAGGGUGGCACCACCUCCACCGGAAAGACAGGAGCGUCCGGAUCGAAGGGGCUUGUUGCCGAACCACCGGACGGCUCGUCCUCGUCGAGCAGCUCGGACUCGGACGAGCGGGUUCAGCAGCGCAAGAAGAGACGCAAGGAGAAGAAACGCCCACGGGAUGGCUCACUGGACGAGGGCAGUUCGUCCGCAUCCGGUAGCAAGCGCAGCAAGAAGCACAAGAAGCACCGGAAGCACGCGAAAAAACACAAGAAACACAAGAAACACAAAAAGAGCAGCAAAAAGUAUCACCGAGGUGGAGGUGGUGGAGGCAGUUCCUCGUCUUCCUCGGACGACGAGGACGGAGUGGUGGUGGCGGUGCGCUCGAAGAAGGGAAGUGGCAUGUUGGGACUCCCGGGUACGGCACCCGGUACGGCGGUGAACGACGAUCUGGAGAAGCAGCUGCGCGAACGAGCCCUGAAGUCGAUGAAGAAACAGCAAAGCAUCUCGGACUGAGAGCGUGGCAGCCGGUGGCUGCGGCAGGAUGCCUAUUCUCGCCACGAGCGCACCAGGAUGAUGAUGGAUCCCGCCGCCAACGUUCGACUCAAGUAAGACAAGGUUCACGGUUUGUCGAUAGAAAAAAAAACAGGAGUAGAGACAGGACGCGAGGAAAACUCCUUCGUAUUCCGUGGCGAAGGAGAAACUAUAAAAAAACACACACACACAUUUGUAUAGAUAGACCAUAAUCCAUAAGAGUUCGUAGUUGGGAUGUAUCUUGAUAAUAACGACGGUGUCCUAGGAAACCAACCGACAGUCGUCCUGCCGGCCGAAGAUUUCACUACGACGCUAAAAAGCUGCGCGUCGUUUCUUUAAUUGCCAGGAGAUGGAAGGGGGAGCGGCAAGGGCAGUGAGAGGCGGUUGCGCACCCCAAGCAGAGUCUUUAACGUACUAUUUUAAUGCGGGAUGACCAGUCGGAUACGAUAGCCUUUAUCGUAUCGUGUUUGACGAAGGCGCACGCUACUUUAUUACUACUAUUACUACUACUAGAUAACGUACGGAAAAAGGGGGGUUAACUUUGUUCGUGUGUUGACAUGCAGCACUUUUCACGAAUAUUUGAAGCAAAAUAUUAUAAUAAUGCCACAAAACAAAAGAAAAAACAAAAAAAACAAAGAAUGCCCCACUACUUUGAGCAUGUAUGCACGUGUGCGUAUGAUUGUGUGCAAAUAUGGGUUUGUGUGUCUGCGUGUGUGUGUGUGUUUGUAUGUAUGAGAAAAUGUUCUAGCCGAAAAAAGCGGAAUAGUCUCGCUGAUACAUGGGUGGUUUUAGUGUAAAGCAGAUUGAAAAAUGCUCUAGCGACCGGUGCAGAGGGUCCCUGCUCUCCACCAUCGGCUCCGGCCGGAAGUAGUCCACUGUUUGAAGAAAGGUACCAUUUUGCCAUUUUGGUAGUAUUCUUGGUAGGCUAUAUUUUUUUGUUUUCUAGUAGAGUGUGCGCGCUCCGAGAUCAUGAAAGAGGCAGUGAGAAAGAGAGAAAAGUAUGGAAAAGGUUGGAUUUUCAAAAUAGUCAUGUUAUGCGAAUGA